AUGUCCAUCAUCCAGACCACCGCUGUUCUGGCCUCGCUCGCCGCCUCCGUCUCAGCACACGGCUUCGUUCAAGGAAUCGUCGCUGACGGCACGUACUACGAAGGGUACAAUCCCAGCUUCCAAUACCAGAGCACCCCUCCGACCGUCGCCGGCUGGUCAGACCCAGAGAACCUUUCGAACGGCUACAUCGCUCCAUCUGCUUACGCAGACCCAGACAUCGUCUGCCAUCUUUCAGCCACCCCUGGUGGUACAGCGGCAAAGGUUGCUGCUGGUGGCACCGUGGAGUUACAAUGGAACACUUGGCCAGAGUCUCAUCACGGGCCAGUCCUCGACUACCUCGCACCGGUCUCCGGAGAAUGGGCAGACGUCGACAAGAGCACACUUGAGUUCUUCAAAAUCAGCGAAGGUGGUCUCAUCGACGGCUCUUCAGCUCCAGGAAAGUGGGCUUCAGACGAUCUCAUCGCCAACAACAACACCUGGGCUGUCACCAUUCCAACUGGUAUCGCCGCUGGCAACUACGUCCUUCGUCACGAAAUCAUCGCCCUUCACUCAGCUGGCCAGGCAGAUGGUGCUCAGAACUACCCUCAAUGUGUCAACCUGGAGAUCACGGGUUCUGGUACCGACAGUCCCAGCGGCACUCUCGCUACUACUUUCUACAAGGAGGAUGACCCAGGUGUUUUGAUCAACAUCUACACCGCUCUCAGUGGCUACACCAUCCCUGGUCCCGCCCUCUACAGUGGUGCUGCCUCUGGCUCUCAGACUGCCGCCCCGUCCAGCACAGCUGCCGCAGAGAAGACUGGAAGCGCUUCGUCUGUCGUCGCAGCGAGUACCACGGCUGCUGCGGUAUCUGCAAGCUCAAUUCCGGCAUAUGGUAGCGUGACCGCCCCUUAUGCCAACAAUUCCGCCCCAGCUACGUCCGCCAGCUUCGCCGCAUCUACCACCUCAGCCGCUGCAGUUGAGACGACCCCAUACACGACCGUGGACCAGACAACCACUGCAGUCGAAACAGCUACAGCUACCGCCACAAGCGUUGCGACAUCUGCCGCUUACUCUGAGCCAGCCAGCGUAGCCCCGGCUGCAUCUGAGACACCAACUGCUACUAGCAGCAGCGCUCCAUCGCCAACUGGUAGUGACGAAAGUCAGUGGGGUGAACGCCCAUCGAAAGAUCUUCCCGAAGGCUGGACCCUCAAGGACCUCGAACAGUGGGUUGCGUACCUCACGAAGCCAUCGUGGAACCAGGGUGUCCACGCUCGCGACUUCAAGCGCUUCGCCGCAAAGAUGCCUUAG